UCACAGACUUCGUGGCGCCAGGUCUUCACACACUCACAGGAUAUGCAAAGACUUCAAUAACGAGCCAUUAACCCCUAAUCAUGGGGAUCGAUCAGGCGUUAACAAGCCUCUGUACAUAUGCAAACGAGCGCCCUAUAAAAACCUGAGCCCGACGGGAGCUGCUCCCACACGCUUCCUCUGACAUUGGCUGGAUUUAACGAGUCGCAGAGCGCCACUGAGAACAUGGUGAAAUACUUUUCUGUGGACUGGCUGGUCCAGAGCCACCAGGAGAACGUCCCGGAGGAGGCGGCGAUGGAGAGAGUGUCCCCCUGCAAGCCGCACGUUCCCUGCAUGCUGCAGCCGCGCCAACCGGCUUUCGGCAAAGGUUACCUGCAGCCCAAACCCAAACCAAGCACGACCAAGCCGAUGGACACCUCCAGCAUGUCCUCACCUUCAGCACGUUGCGCCUCACCAAUUUCAGAAAUGAGCGGCUACUCCUCCGGCUACGACAGCGAAGCGGCUUCCUCGGAGUGUCCGUCCGUGGACGAGGCGGAGAAAGAGGGCCCCCAGCGCCGAGUGCGCACAAAGUUCACCCCGGAGCAGAUCAACAGACUGGUCAAGAUCUUCGACAAGCACAAGUACUUGGAUGCUGGCGAGAGGGUGAAGAUAGCACACAAGUUGGACCUCACUGAAACUCAGGUGAGGACCUGGUUUCAGAACCGGAGAAUGAAGCUGAAGCGGGAGGUGCAGGACCUGGCUCCCCAAGUCCAACCGGUGAUGUUCCAGCAUCUGCUCCCCGGUCAGUACCAUGCAAUGGCUGGACAGCAACCCCGCCACUACCCUGCGGGCCCGGCAUUUUACCCGGUCCCCGUUCCACAGCUGGUCCUGCAGCCCCAGCUCAUGAUCCACAACCCACAUUUUUACUAA